UCUGCCGCUUGAUUUCGGCGUGGGCGGCAAAAGGAACCCCAUCGAAGGGGCGAUCAAAGUGUCUUCUUGAUUUACAACGCAACCCGAUAAUCCAUCCAAACUUCUCGUUAUUUUCCGUUCUGAGCUUCAAUUGUUUGGUAUAUAAAAGUGGAAGCCGCGACAGUGAGUUUUCAGAUUUCAUUUAAUGUCUCACAGAAAGACUCUCGCGAUUGACUUAAAAUAAUUUUUGAAGAAAUCAUAAAAUGAAAGUUCUUUUUGUGCUUUUACUGAUUGGUUUAGUGAGCAAAAUUGAGGGUCGAAAAUUUACAAAAUGUGAACUUCUGCCCAUUUUUCUGGAUGAGGGAUUCCCUCUGGAGGAAUUCCCAGAUUGGCUGUGCGUCAUUCAGUCUGAGAGUAGCUUCAACAGCUCAGCCAUUGGGGGUCCAAAUAGCAAUGGAUCUUUCGAUUGGGGACUCUUUCAGAUCAAUGAUAAUUUUUGGUGCGGAGUUGGUAAACCAGAUCAUGAUUGCAACAUAAACUGCUACGAUCUCGUUGAUGACGAUCUAACGGAUGAUCUGCAGUGUGUAAAGAAAAUCUACGCCCGACACGGGUUUUCAGCUUGGAAUGGAUGGAAAAAGUGGUGCCAGGGAACCUUGCCUGACUAUGUUGAGUGCCUGCCCUACAUGAAACGUUCUCUACCCUCCCUUUUCGCCAACAGCGUUCCAGCAUCCCCGUAGUUUAUAAUUUUCAUUUAUUAUUUAUUUAA